AAUUCGUUCGCCGCGGGUAUCGUUCUCUCGAUCGAAACAUCGUUCGACUCUCCGGAAAAAAAGAAAGAAAAAAACGCUCGCGCUCGCGCGAGUUGUGUUCACUCUUCCGACAUAUCGUUCCGACUGUUAUUGUUUCGAGCGAUGUUCGCGCAUCGCGCAGGAUAUUUGUCCCUCGUCCUUGGACUUCUAUUGCCACUGAUCCUUAUCACCAACGGGGAUAUCGAAGUCGGGAUACCUGAAUACGAAGUUAAUCCGUCCAACGUUUCGUCGUCCAUUCUCGAUCACGAGAUGGAGCCUCGUUCCGACGAUUCGUCCGUCGUUAAUAGAAGCGUGGAAAGAAAAAGCGGCGGCCCUUUCAGUUAUCGAAGGGACAGUUACCUGGAGGCUUUAAGGCAUUCUCGCACCAGCACCGAUCCCCGCGAGGGGAUCGUCGACGCGGUUGCAACUGGAUCGUUCCAUCGAAGGAAGGAGCAAUCGUUCGGGCCUGUUUACACGAUCAAGCGUUCCGAGAUAACGCCUCCCUCCUCCUCUCGCGUCGUUCACGCGGACUCUUUCUCCAUGGCGGCCAGCGACUCCUAUUCCCUGCCGAGUCGAACGUCCGUCGAUUUUAACGGCGUUAAAAAUACUUACGGACCCCCCUCUUCGUACGGGCCACCCUCUAACGAUUAUUCUUACGGGGAGUACGGAGGUGGUUAUCAGCCACAGCAAGCUUACGGGGCGCCGCACGGUAUAUCCGAGUCUGUGCAACUCUCCCUUCCCUCCAUCGAUUUCUCGUGGCCGUUCGCGCUCAAGCUGAACGCCUUCACCCUUGCCAAGAUACUCCUCAAGCUGGUCAUCUUUAAGAUGAUCGUCAAGUUCAUCGCUGUCAUCUGCCUGUUGCUGUUCAUCCCGAAACUCGAGAUCAAGAAAGACAAGGGGAACAAUAUGCAGAACAACGACGACGAGGACGAAGGACGUUUUCUGAAUGCAAACUCGAUGGUGUGGGACAGAUUGAAUCGCUUAACCUUGGUUGUGCACGACGCGAUGAAGCAAUACGGAGUCGAUAUGGAUAAACCACGGUCGAGCACCGAUAAAGGAUGCUCGACGCUUCGCUGCCAAAUACGAAGAUCCUUCGAAGAACAGGACGAAUCCUGGCCGGAUUACGAACAACUGUUGCAGAACUAUAUCAUGGAGGAGACUCGGCUCAUACAAGACAAAUCUUGACCUGCAAUCGCAAUUCCAUUUUCUACAAAAAUAUUUUUCUCGAUCCGACCAUGAACUCGGUCGUCGAUCGAUUCUUAAGGAUCCUACAGAUCAACUCGAGAUAUUGACAAUCGUAUUCAUUUCGCACAAUAUUAUAAAGACUACGAAAAAAUUCGUGGACGCAUCGUAAGAAAAAUUUUAUUUUUAAAAUUUUUUAAUUAAUUUAAACUCGAAAACGAUCAUCCAUUCAUUUAUAGUUAGAAUUCUCGCAGCCAACGCUGCGAGAUAUUUCUCUAGUCGAUCCACGGGAUCCUUUAUCGCGUCUUUGUCCGCUGCCUAGGUAAACAAUAAUAUUUACAAUGUACUCGCGCUUGCCCUCCAAAUAAAGACGUUGCAACGUCUCCAGCCCAGU